AUCAAGGCAGAGCCAUGGUGAACUUGGUUGCAGCCCAACGCCCACUGCUACACGCCCUAAUGAAGAUGGCCGGCGUAGUACCUUACUCCGUCGACAUCGAGCCCGGCACCACCAUGAACUUCUGGGUCCCCGUCGAGACUCUCUCCAAACCCAAAAAAACCCAACCGCCCAAACCGCCGCAAAAACCGACCAAGCCGGUUGUCGUUCUGGUUCACGGUUUUGCCGCAGAAGGAAUCGUCACUUGGCAGUUCCAGGUGGGUGCCCUUUCUAAGCGAUACUCUGUUUACGUCCCCGACCUCCUCUUUUUCGGCGACUCCAUCACCGAUAAAUCGGACCGGUCACCGACGUUUCAGGCCGAGUGUUUGGCGGCUGGGCUGAGAAAGCUUGGGGUCGAUAAAUGUACGGUGGUUGGGUUCAGUUACGGCGGGAUGGUAGCGUUUAAACUGGCGGAGCUCUGGCCUGAGCUCGUGGAGGCUAUGGUGGUUUCCGGUUCGAUUCUGGCUAUGACGGAUUCGAUCAGCGGCGAGACGCUGCAGAGAUUAGGGUUUGGGUCGUCGUCUGAGCUGCUACUUCCGACGUCGGUGAAGGGCCUGAAAGCGCUCCUCUCCGUCGCCGCCCAUAAAAAGCUAUGGUUUCCUGAUCGUCUCCAUAAAGACUUUCUUCAGGUGAUGUUCAAUAACAGGAAGGACAGGGCAGAGCUGCUUGAAGGCUUAGUUAUGAGUAACAAAGACAGCACUGUGCCUAAGUUCCCUCAGAAGAUACAUCUUUUAUGGGGCCUAAAUGAUCAGAUUUUCAACGUCGAGCUUGCCCGAAAACUACAAGAGGACCUCGGCGACAAUGCAACGUUUCAAAGCAUACCGAAGUCGGGUCACUUGGUUCACUUGGAACGACCUUGCGUCUACAAUAGGUGUCUCAAGCAAUUCCUUGCUACCCUGCAUUCAAAUGCCCAAGACAAAUGACAUGCCAAAUUGCUUCCUUUCUAUUC